AUGCGCCUCAAGAAGGCGUAUUCGAUAUCUGGUCUAUCUCAGUAUCAACCGCACCCCGUGACCCUCGAAGUGAGCCGACGUGACAUCCUAUCCGAUUUGUUUCAUGGUAACCGGCCGCGGGAGAGUAGUCCUUCGCCGCCACGACUCGAUGCCAAGAGAUGUCGUGGAGAGGUUAGCGGAGCAGCAAAUUCGACAGGGCUGCGACAAACAUCUAUCGAACAUUGCCACGUCGCCGUUGACGCUAAUGACUUGGUGUAUCCCCAAUGCUGA